UGGGCGCUUCCACGUUUCCUGCCCCGAAGUCCACAUCAGCCGCGCGUGGCGUUGGCGGCGCUGUCGUAGCUCUUGCAGCACUUGGUUGUGUCGCGCGCGUCCGUCGCGCUUCCUCGAUCUCUUCGCCCAGGAGCGUCCGUUUUUUCACCGAAUUAGUAGGAGGUGAAAAGACUCCUUGAGCGGCGAUCAUCGUUAACAGCGGCAUCAUGUUGUUCAGGCUACUAAAGUGUGCUUUCCGGUUCUUCGUCUAUUUCCUAAUCGUCUUUCUCGUGCUGCCGUUCAUCCCCCUCUCGCUGGACUUCGAGCCCGUUGCGUACAAGGUUACACUACCUGAAUUCAAGGGUGCAUUAGCCCCUAACCAGGCAUUGGACAAUGUCGAGUACCUUUUCCCGAACCAGGUUGUGGGGCCCGAAUCUCUUGAACAACAUGGAGGUAGCAUCUACACUGGUGUUGUUGGCGGACAGAUCUUGAAGCUCACGGGAGCGAAAAUAACCCCUGUUGCCAAGUUUGGCAAGAAAUGUGAGGGACCAUGGGAAGAGGAUAUUUGUGGUCGUCCACUUGGUCUCCGCUUUGACAAGAAGGGCAAGCUGUACGCCAUUGAUGCGUACAGUGGCAUCCAUGUGGUAGAUGUUACGAAAGGCUUUGUCACGCCGCUCGUGCCCAACGGCAUCGAUUUGGACGGCCAACCAUUGUCGUUUGCGAACGACCUGGUUGUCGACAGUGACGGCAACGUCUUGUUCACCGAGACCAGCACCAAGUGGCCGCUGAAGAAGAUCCUCUACUCGGUGCUCGAGCACGAGAACUCGGGACGCGUGCUCAUGUACGAUGCCAAGACCAAGCGCACCCACAUCCUGCUCGAAGACCUCUACUGUCCCAACGGCAUUGAGCUGGGUCCGGACGCCGACAGCGUCAUCAUUGCCGAGCUCACCAAGAACAGGCUGCUCAAGUACUACUACCGUGGCCCACACAAGGGCGACCUCGUGGUCUUUGCGGAAAACCUGCCGGGCGAGCCGGACAACAUUCGGCGCACGCCACGUGGCGGCUACUGGGUGGCCUUCGCGUCAGGCCGUUCCAGUGCCAAGCUCUCGGUGCUGGACCACCUGUCGGCUUAUCCACUGGUGCGCAAGUCGGUGGUGCGCCUCCUCUACCUGCUAGGGUCGGCCCUGAAGUACGCGACGACCUUCUACAACUGGGUGCCCCUCAAGGACAUUGCAUCGAGGAUGUCUUCACGGGUCUUCAGGGUGUUCUCGGGCAAAGAUCACAUCCCACGGUUUGGGCACAAUGCUCGAAUGCCUCCAGCCGUAGAGGUCUGCAACCCCAUAGUCGUCAGGCCAUUCAGCGCAGCAGAGUCGCACUGCCUAACCAAAGCAUAUAUUCUAAGCGAUUGUCGACUCUUCAACACCGAACUGAAUGUGAGUGCGUCACUAAGCCGCAUGCUUGUUGGCAACCAUGGCCUUGCCAUGGUCGAGCAGCAGACGACGUUCUUCCAGAGCAAGCAUCGGACCGAUGGCGAGGCGUGCUGGGAGAAGCAUAGUAUCGACAACGGUUGGAUAUUGUACGAGGCGGUGCCCAAGUACGGACUCAUCGUGGAACUGGAUGCAUCUGGCAAGGUCGUCCGGAGCCUUCACUCGCCCGCAGCGAAACGAAACAAGAAAAAACGUGCCGUACAUUUGACGGUGCCGCUUCAUCGCGAUAGUCGAGAUGCAGCGGCGCGUGCGUGCAGCGCGGCAGGCCGAAUAAACGCUUCGGGGCGUUUUCGGAGGAUCGGUUUUCCUUCCUCCAAACAGCGCCGCCGCUGGCUGUGUUAUCUCUCGCCCAUAAGUGUCUUCCCCCCCACUCUCUGCCGAAACCGGUCGUCUUCGACACAUCCUCGCCCGUCGUCGUCAGUAGUGCGCCACGCCGGUCUCACGGUCAAACGCCAGCCGCCGAACGUCGGGCACACGCACCCGGUAAUCGAGCCGCUGUGGUUGCUCUCGUCCGCCGGCAAGAUGGUCACGCGGACUUUCAAACCCAUCUUCAAGAUCACCGUGUACGUGCUAGCGUUUAUCCUCAUCCUGCCCUUGAUUCCCAUGGCGCUGGACUUCGAGCCCAACGAGAACACGGUUCAAAUACAAGAACUCGAAGGGCCUUUAGAGCCAAACGAUAAACUAGACCACGUUGAGUACCUCUUCAAGGGCAAGCUUCGUGGGCCCGAAUCACUGCCCGUAUACAAAGGUAGCAUUUACACCGGAACAGAGGGAGGCGAGAUUUACAAAAUCACUGGCGACAAAGUGACGCUAAUUGCGAAGCUUGGCAAGAAAUGCGAGGGCAUGUGGGAAGAGGAAGUGUGCGGCCGGCCGCUGGGAAUGCGUUUCCACAAGGAUGGCCGUCUGUUUGUCAUCGAUGCAUAUUACGGACUGUACGCCAUCAACGUCGAGACUGGUGCUGUUCAGCACCUUCUGCCAUCCAGCACUGAAAUCGAAGGCAAGAAAAUAGUCUUCGGGGAUGACAUUGACAUCGACGAUGAUGGCUCUGUGUACAUCAGUGAAGCGAGCAACAAGUGGCCCCUCAAGAAAAUUAUCUACACUGUUCUGGAGCAUGAGCACACUGGCAGGAUUAUCAAGUUUGAUCCCAAGACGGGCAAGACGACAGUGCUGAUGAAGAACCUGCACCUUCCCAACGGUGUCCAGGUUUCGCACGACAAGAUAAGCCUCCUCGUGUGCGAGCUGUCCAUGCACCGCAUCCUAAGGUACUACCUCAGAGGUCCAAAGCAGGGGCAAACAGAGGUGUUCGUUGACAAACUUCCGGGCUGGCCCGACAACAUUCGCCCCAGCAAGCGAGGUGGUUACUGGGUGGCCUUCGCGACAGGCCGCUCUUCUAAUGACACGGGCAUCAUAGAUUACUUUGUCCCUCUCCCGUUCAUCCGCAAGGCAACCAUUCGCUUCGUCUACCUCGUUGGAACGGCGUUGAAGACUGCCUCUCGUGUCUACCCGUUGGGCUUCAUGAAAGACUGGGCAUCCCAGUUCGAAAACGGAUGGGUUCUUUACGAGACGUUGCCGCAGUACGGUCUCGUCGUGGAGCUGGCCGCAGAUGGACGCAUCAUCCGUAGCUUCCACUCGCCCAAGCACAAGAUCCACAUGCUGUCGGAGGUGCUGGAGCACGACGGCUACCUCUACCUGGGCUCCUACCGGAACCCAUUCCUGGGCAGGAUCAAGCUCUAGUCAUUGCAGGUGCUCAGCCCAUCUGCCUCCUCGCAACACCAUCAACGCGCACUCCAUACUUCACAGCUGCACUGCGCGUACGCGGAUACGUCCACUUCACGCUCGCACCAGAAAUGCGUGGCACAACACGGCUCCCCGAGCACUAGACAACUGGUGCCAUCUACAGACACAGCAAGAAAAUGAUACAAGCUCUCAAUUAACUAACAAAGUUCUCAUAACGUUCAGAUGUUUCCGGAAGUGCCUUAUAAUCUACAUGCAACUUUCCUCUUAAUGUUUUAUUUUAUCUGUGUUCAGAAAGGUAGUCGAGUGUAAUUCAAAGGAUCCUUAAGGGUGGCUCAUUCACACCAGGUGAUCGAAAGAUAACACAACCAAGUAUUUUUUCUACUUGCUUGAAGUUGCUUGCGGUUACUUGGACCAAUGAUUGCUCUCGCUGCAAAAGAAGCAGGGAUAAAGGCCAGUGAACUGUUUCACGUGGAAAACAUGAUAGCACAGCUUCACUUGCUGAUGCAGUAUCAUUGCAUCAUGACUGACUGGAUUGCUCAUACCUUUGUACAUAAUGAGCAUCUGUAGUGCGCGGCUUAAAUGAUAGAUGCCAGGUUACCAUUCGUGCGACUCUUGACUAGAUUCGUUGGAGUGGCUGAUCGAAUCUAUGCAGUGCCUAGAGUAGCAGGUGUAAUCCUUGCAGCACUAGCAGAUUGUGGCGUUGGUGAAUAUACCACGAAUCCUGCCAGCCACUAGACUAACAAGGCUCGCAGCAUUGAAUUUCUACAUUGCGUUUGGAAUGUUUACAACUUAUAAUUAUACCAUCAAGAUUUAAAGUGUAUCUCGUCCGAAACUCUCCAUGCUCAAGAACAUGUGACCAAGUUGGCUGGAGUAGAAUUAGUCAAGUCUAAAUAUGAAAAGUAUAUUCUGGAUAACUUUUUCAAACAUGAUCACUCGCGCUGCAAUGCUUCAAUGCAGGGCGAUUUACAUUUUACCUUUAUACGGUUGAUAUACGCAUAACUCCUGCGUUCCAGUUAUGUACUCUUGAAUUGACUGUGGAUAAAUCUAGCAGGAUAAAACUAAAAAAUUGUUACAUUGCACAAGUAUGUGGGUGAGCUGCAGCUACAUCUUGUGUUGAAUGUUUUGGCUGCCGAGGUUAUGUUCUCAGAUGAUUACUUCCAGCGAUACUUUCCAUGUUAAUGUUCAGUCUUCAGUGGAGCCAAGCCCGUUUAAUGUAUAUGGCAAAAUGAUACUACUCUUGAAACUAGACGGGAGUGAUUAUCUGAGAGCAAGACUGGAGGACUGCUCAUUUUUGCCUGUUACAUGCAGGUACAAAACUUCGUGAAGUGUUUUCGUUCUAUUUAUCAUUUUUCUUGUAGAACUCGUGCCUUGCUGGUUAAGUUGUGUGCUUUCAUUACUCAUGGCAUCAUCAGCAUAGUCAAUUUUGCUGGAGGAUGGAGUUAAUUGCAUUGAAUACUAACGAUGUGAUACUUGAACUGUUGUUGUGUACCUGUGUUUAUUCACAUUCCUUCUGAAACACUUUAGAGUUAGUUUUACAAGUGCUCAUCAAAGGGUCUGCACUCCUAGAAAGGGCAAGAGCUUAUCAAAUCAAGUUUAAUAAAUUGUAAUGGGUCGUGCCAGGCUAACAAGAAUUUGUAAGUCUAUUGUGUCCUUAAAAGAAGUAGAAGGGGGGUUCCCUUAACAAGGAAUGCAUAUUCAUGUGGAAUUUAGUGAUGGGGAACAGGGUACUAUGGGCUAAAGUUACUGGACAUUUUUCGAAGGGUAAUAGUUGGUCACUAAUUCUUUUAAGAUUUUCUUGUGUGCACUUCAACCAGGGCAUUACACAUAGCAGUCGUCUUCGAAAUUUCUCGUGACUGUUUUGCAGAAGUUCUGGGAUGUGCAGUCUACGGGCAGAUGUUGCAAUAAAAGCAUUCACUUGUGCCAAGA